GCGCCCAGCCCAGCCCAGCCCAGCCGCCGCCCUCUCAGCGCCGAGCCAGCCAGGCGGACAUGGCGCCCCUGAUUCAGCUGCCCCCCUGCUGCCCUGCCCCCGCCGCCUCCCCGCGGAGCCUUUAAUGGCUCGGACCUCCGGCAGCCGAGCCCGACUCCUCCUGCGCCAGCCAGAGGGAGCCUAGCGAGCGGGAGCCGAGCAGCCCCCGCGCUGCGCACGACUUGAGAAACGUGUUUUUUUGAAACAUGGGUGAAACAGAGCAGAGACCAACAGCCGGAUCCCGGUUAGGAGCUCAGGAAAAUGCUGGGAUCAGUACAUUGGAACAUGGACAGAAACUGCCUAUGACACCUCCAGGAAAACUUAUCUCCAUCAAAAUCCAGAUGCUGGAUGAUACCCAGGAAAUUUUUGAUGUUCCGCAAAGAGCUCCGGGGAAAGUUUUGUUGGAAGCCGUUUGCAACCAUCUGAACCUUGUUGAAGGUGAUUAUUUUGGCCUUGAGUUUCCGGAUCAUAAAAAGAUCAUGGUGUGGCUGGACCUUUUGAAACCUAUUAUAAAACAGAUUAGAAGACCUAAGCAUGUUGUCGUAAAAUUUGUGGUGAAAUUCUUUCCACCAGAUCAUGCUCAGCUGCAAGAAGAGCUGACAAGGUACCUGUUUGCAUUGCAAGUGAAGCAAGACCUGGUACAAGGCAGGCUAACGUGUAAUGACACCAGUGCUGCACUCUUAAUCUCACACAUAGUACAAUCUGAGAUUGGGGAUUUUGAUGAAACCAUAGACCGUGAACACUUAGCGAAGAACAAGUAUAUACCUCAACAAGAAACACUAGAAGACAAAAUCAUGGAAUUUCACCGCAAUCAUAUUAGACAGACACCAGCAGAAUCAGAUUUCCAGCUACUAGAGAUUGCCCGUCGGUUGGAGAUGUAUGGAAUCCGGUUGCAUCCAGCAAAGGACAGGGAAGGGACGAAGAUUAACCUGGCAGUUGCCAACACAGGCAUUCUAGUUUUUCAGGGUCACACAAAGAUUAAUGCCUUCAACUGGGCUAAGGUUCGAAAGCUGAGCUUCAAGAGGAAGCGUUUUCUUAUCAAGCUACGGCCUGAUGUGAAUAAUUCAUUCCAGGACACCCUGGAAUUCCUGAUGGCCAGUCGGAAUUUUUGCAAGUCUUUCUGGAAGAUUUGUGUAGAACACCAUGCUUUUUUCAGACUCUUUGAGGAGCCCAAACCAAAGCCUAAACCUGUUCUUUUUACUAGAGGUUCAUCAUUUAGGUUCAGUGGCCGGACUCAGAAGCAGGUUCUUGACUACGUUAAAGAAGGAGGACACAAGAAAGUGCAGUUUGAAAGGAAACACAGCAAGAUUCGUUCCAUCAGGAGUCUGACUACACAACCUUCAGAACAGCAUUCAGAGGUGCCAAAACAAAGCUGUAGCUUUACAUUUGGAGAUGAUGCGGAUUCCCCAGUGGUGCAGAGCUGCCGGCAAGGGAAGGAACUGAAAGCUUCAACGGAAGAUGUUGGACAGCACAGGAGCCCUUCCCUGAAGAAGAGCCCUAAGGAUGGUGGAAAGGUGGAUGGAGCGGUGAUGGUGACGAUGGAGGAAGAAGAGGAGGUCGUUAAGGAUAGGACACAGGAGAAUAGAUCUCAGUCACAACAACCAAGCACAGCGGGUUCUCUGACUGGCAGCCCUCACCUUUCAGAGCUCUCAAUCAAUUCUCAAGGAGCAACAGUGGUGGCAAAUAUGUCAUUAUCUCCAAACUUGAGCCCUGAUACCAAGCAGUCUUCUCCACUGAUCAGCCCAUUGCUGAAUGACCCAUCGUAUAUCAGGACUGAUGAUGAGGAAGAGGUCAGGAGAAAGAGAUUUCCAACUGACAAAGCUUACUUCAUUGCUAAAGAAGUAUCGACCACAGAGCGAACUUACCUAAAGGACCUUGAAGUCAUCACAUCAUGGUUUCAGAGCACAGUGAGUAAAGAUGACUAUAUGCCAGAAACACUGAAGAAUUUCCUCUUCUCCAACUUUGAACCUUUGCACAAAUUUCACACCACUUUUCUGAAGGAAAUUGAGCAGAGACUUGCUCUGUGGGAAGGCCGCUCCAAUGCUCACAUUAAAGGAGAUUACCAAAGAAUUGGUGAUGUUAUGCUAAAGAACAUUCAGAGUAUGAAGCAACUGACAGUUCACCUGCGGAAACACAAUGAAGUUUUGGUGGAGUUGGAGAAUGGGAUCAAGAACUCUCGCAAGCUGGAGACCUUGUGCAGGGAUUUUGAGUUACAGAAAGUCUGCUACCUGCCCCUCAAUACCUUCCUACUCCGGCCUUUGCACCGGCUCAUGCACUAUAAGCAGAUAAUGGAAAGGCUCUGCAAACACUACCCACCAAAUCAUGUUGACUUCAGAGACUCCAGAGCUGCUCUGGCUGAGAUUUCUGAAAUGGUGGCUCAGCUCCAUGGUAGUAUGAUAAAGAUGGAGAACUUCCAGAAGCUGCAUGAACUCAAGAAAGAUUUGAUAGGCAUUGAUAAUCUGGCAGUCCCAGGAAGGGAGUUCAUUAGACUGGGCAGUCUUAGUAAAUUGUCUGGAAAGGGUUUACAGCAGCGGAUGUUCUUCCUGUUUAAUGAUGUUUUGUUGUACACAAGUAGAGGCCUGACAGCAUCAAAUCAAUUUAAAGUCCAUGGACAGCUCCCACUGUAUGGCAUGACAAUAGAGGAAAGUGAAGAGGAAUGGGGGGUUCCUCACUGUCUUACACUACGAGGUCAACAUCAGUCCAUCAUUGUUGCUGCAAGUACCCGUGCUGAAAUGGACAAGUGGACUGAGGACAUACAGAUGGCGAUAGAUCUGGCAGAGAAAAGCAGUGGUCCCACCCCUGAAUUACUGGCUAGUAGUCCACCUGACAAUAAGUCUCCUGAUGAAACUACUGUAGACCAGGAAUCAGAGGACGAUCUCAGUGCAUCCCGCACCUCACUUGAACGUCAGUCCCCACACCGUGGCAACACUACGGUGCACGUCUGCUGGCACAGAAAUACCAGCGUUUCAAUGAUCGACUUUAGUAUUGCUGUGGAGAAUCAGCUCUCUGGAAACCUGUUAAGAAAAUUCAAGAACAGCAAUGGGUGGCAGAAGCUCUGGGUGGUAUUCACCAACUUCUGUAUGUUCUUCUACAAAUCGCACCAGGACAAUCAUCCUUUAGCCAGCCUUCCUCUCCUGGGGUAUUCACUUACCAUUCCUUCUGAAUCUGAGAACAUUCACAAAGAUUAUGUUUUCAAGUUACAUUUCAAAUCCCAUGUGUACUACUUCAGGGCUGAAAGUGAAUACACAUUUGAAAGAUGGAUGGAAGUGAUCCGAAGUGCCACCAGUUCUGCCUCACGCACCCAUGUUCUAAGUCAUAAAGAGUCUCAUGUGUAUUGAUGGCUAAACACGCACCAAGCUGACCAUUCUAGCAGUUGCUGCUUUUCUAGAGGAUAUUUGAAUAUAUUUUCUUCCUUAAAAUUGAGUACAACUGUUUAAAAACAGCACCACAAAUGGUUUUGCAGCAACUUUCAUUGCAUCAGCAAAGCUAUUUAACCUUAAGUCUUUCACACCUUUCAACUAGUUUCAUGUCCUGUAUUUUUUGUCAUUCUGUGCGCUGUUUUUUAGCUUGUGCCAGUAUUAAAAUAUUGUCCUUAUUCGAGUGCCAAAUGCCAAAAGACAUUUCCUUGCCCCAAAGAUUGCACCUGAAAAAAUAGUACAAACUAAUUUGUAACUUCACAAUCUCUAGUGAGGCAAAUGCUAUUUCCUCUCUUUUCAUAAACUUUUUUUAAUAUGACUAUCUGUAGACUGCUGGAUUUUCACAGUAUACACUAUAAAGAUACACAGUAAGCAGUCUAACAGCAGUGAGGUAAUUUUCAGAUUUAAUUUUUCAAUCUUUCUACAUACUAUUCAAGGAAUUACUAAUUUUCUAUCUUAAACAGUUUACAGCUCACCAAUCUCAUUUCAUUUUGGGGUUACAUAUAUCUGUAGUAUAAAUUUAUCUUGCCUUUUUCUGGGUGCAAGUUGACCAAAAUUGUGUAUCUGUUAGUUUUGAACAGGGAAUACUACUUGCAAAAUGACUAGUUUUAAAAAUGAUCGGUGCAAUAUUAUUUGGGCUAUUAAUGUACUGUGAAUGGUGUGUACAAGGAGAAAUUAAAGGCUGCUGUGGUGUUUUGCUGUUUGUUUUACAAACUUGACAAAACCUGUACGCUGCAAGAACCACAGCUAUUUGUGACUGAGUAAAUUGAAGAGUGUUUUUGGUAAUUAAAGUGGACUCAAACACUAUAAACUGAUGGUACUACUUUCCCAAGCUUUCAUGAUGCCUGCAUCUGAGUGCAAUUGUUCCAUUUUUCACGCAGGAGUUGUAGUGGCCUACAAACUUUUUUGAAACUUUAGUCCCUCUAGAGCGGUACUACUACUAUCUCAACAGAUUAUGACUUUGUUAUAUAUAGAGGGUGAAAGCUAUACACAUCAGCUGAGACAUUUACUCCAUUUGCCAUAAUUAUCCAUGUAUUUUAUCUAACAACAUUUUUGGAUCAUCCAUUGGUCCGAUCAGAAUGUCAGGAAUCACUCUACAGUAAUCAGUCAAUUUUCUUUGUUGUUUGUAUUAUAAACAUAGGUUCAACCUACUAAAACACACAGCUCUAUCCCAGUUAAGGGCUCCUUUCAGGGAACACUGCAUGAAGCCAGAGGGGCUUGGAUAAAUACGGGAACCACAAAGAAAGGAGUGGGGAUUAUUCUACCACAUUUUUUUUAAUUGUGUAGCUACUGGAUUUGUUAAUCAUUUGUCCUUACACUAUGUAUAAAAUGGUUUAAGUAUUGCUCACAACAAAAGGGAAUAAAAUACCUCACAACACAAUCAAGCAUACUGCAAUUUCAAGGCAAAACUUUGUCAUUUGUCUUUUUUUUCCUAAAAACGUCAGUGAUCUUUUAGUGCUCCCAAGAAGUACCAAAUUGCUUUCAUGCUGAAAAGUUAUUUAGAUUUAAUUUGUACACCCGUGCGAACAUUUUCAAAAAUAAGAGACUAACAGUCUUCUAAAUCCUUAUUAUAUACACAACUGGGUCCUUUUGAAAAUGCCACCCAAGUGACUUCAAACUACUAGCCCUGAUUGCAGAGAAUAGUAUGAUUGAUUAAUUUCAGUUUUCCAGAUUUAUAGCAGAAGGCAGUGUUAGUUGCAAAUAUAACACAAAACUGAUAAACAGCUAGCUUGUGCAAGAGUCUGUGGUGUUCUCACUGCCAGGAUGUUAUAGGCCUUGGACGUGUCUUUUUUGGCAUAAAUUUUUUAGGAAACUAGAGAUUUUUUUUUCUAUUUGUUAGUAGACAUUCACGUAAAGAAAUAAGUUCAAAUAAUGCUCUUUACUUUCUGUUUUAUAAUCUUACAUUUCUAAGGAGCUAGCACUAUGUAAAUAACAUUGUGAUUUAAAGUUAACUUAAAAUGUAUUUUAACUACCCUGAAAGAAGUUUUUAUUGAGUGCUGAACACUCAAAGUGAUAAUUCAAGCAGUUACCUGUGCUUUUCCUUAGAGACAAUUACCUUUAACAUGCUUGCUAUAUGGAACAGCUCAAAACUUUAUCUUACUGUAGUGGAUAAUAUUGAAUUAUUGUACAGAGUGAGUACUAAAAAUAUUACAGUAGGUAUGUUUACAGCUAAAGGUUGUUGAUUUGUUAACUAUAUUUAGUUAUAACCAUUUUUAAAAGGUUGAUUCAUAUAAGGGAAAAAAAUGCAAGAAAAAUUUAGAGCAACUAAGCCACAGAGAAACACUUCGGAGAACCCACAGUACUGACUCUCUGUUAGGCCUGGUCUACACUAGGGGGCAGGAUCGAUCUAAGAUACGCAACUUCAGCUACAAGAAUAGUGUAACUGAAGUCAACGUAUCUUAGAUUGACUUAGAAUCACUUACUUAGCAUCCUCGCGGCAUGGGAUCGAUGGCUGACGCUCCCCCGUCGACUUUGCUUCCGUCUCUUGCCGAGCUGGAGUUCAGCAGUCUACGGGAAAGCAAUUGGAGAUCGAGCGACACUACACGCGAUAAAUUGAUCCCCGAUAGAUUGAUCACUACCCGCCAAUCCAGUAGGUAGUGUAGACGUACCCUUACAGACCUAGAACAAAGUGAAGAAUACUCACCAACCCUAGGGAAUCUGCAAAGAAGGUGCAUUGCAAUGUCCCAGAAUUUAUCUGAAAUGUGAAUAUGGGUGUGUAGAGAUAUGAAACAGGGAAUAGAUAACCAGACACAGACUGAUGAAUAAUCAACAGCAGGUUUGAAAAAUCCAAACAACAUUUUAACACAGAUUAGCAAACAGCAAAAAGUAUUGCUGGGACAAGUUAGGUAAGGGGUGAGAGAGAUUCUAGGAAGUCUUUAGUACUGAUACUUUUAAAACUACAGUCUGGUAUAGUUCGGAAGGUUUAGUACCUUUAAGAAUACAAUGACACUAGCUUUUACUUCAAGAGAUCACAGCUCUAAUCCACCACUAAGAUUGCAAUAAACGAUUGAGUGUCUAGGACAUUUAUAUAUACACACAAUACUGCA